AUGCCGUACAGCUGCGUCUCCAGGGUGAUAGCAGGAGUAACGACAGGACGCCAGCUGUACGGCAGUUCCCAACCUUACGGACCUGUUGAUCCCAGUCUAUGUUUGAUCCUAGUUGAACUCGCCGAGCGGAACGAGAUACCUAUAUCUUCCUUUGCACACCAAGAGGUUGAAAUGCCAGGCUCAACUAUUAAAACCUGCAUAUCUUGCAUGCAGCAUAUAAGUGUUGCAUGCAAAAUAUGCAAACUUUGUGGAGCCAAACAACCAAUGAAAAAAGCUGUACAAAAAGCAAAGGAAAAGGCCGACAAGCAAUGGGGGGCAAGAUUAAAAAAAGGAGGCAAUACCUCCAAGUUAAUCGAUGCUGGCCGGAUUCUGGUUCACAAAUUCAAGAUGGCAGGGUUGCAUCCUAUUCUUCUUUUUGGGACAAAUAAGAAGAACUGUGUGUCCUGUGACUUCCUCACCGGCCUGGAGGUAGUCAAAGACAAGGAAAGCGCGUCAGUGAAAGCAGUACGUGAACUGUAUGAAAGCCUCUUGUCAGUAAUAGUGAAAAGAGAGAAGACCAAGGCAUUAACUCCGGCAGACCCAGAGGGACCGAGGGAAUUGGCUGAAUCCCCUCCUCAUCCAGCAGCCAAGGAGGAGGCGGAAGAGGAACGGGAGGAGGAAGAAAAAACAUUCACCCUCUUGUUGACACCUUGUGACACACAAAGCAAUGGUUUGGUAAAAGAGUCCAACUCCAACUCAUCAGAACCUGGAACCUCCAACAAUCCCCAUGGAGCUGGAUCAACUAAGGUUCGCUGUCUCACCUGUGAGAAGAAAGAAGGAAACAUCGGCCUGGAUAGUUUGUCUCAGGGCGUCGUCAUGUGCUACUGUGACAAACGCGCUCCGUCGUCAUAUCAGAGGAACGGUGAUGCUUUUAGCCUCACAGCUGAAACGACUUUCUACCCGACAGACGAUUCUACGGCAGCCGGACCGUCGGUUUCCAGCAGCGUCUCGAAAUCGCCCUGCGCUCCGACACGCUUGCCAGUCAAGAGACGGGUGUUUCGAGAUGAGCUGGAGGAGAGCCCCUCGAAACGUCAAGCUAACGGCCAGACGUUCACAACAACUGAAACUUCUUCAGACUCAGAUUUCUGCAAUAUGGAUUUGUUUGCCCCUUUAGAGUCAGACAUAGAUGAAAGUGCAAACUCUGUUACAGAGCAGCAAAGUUCGGAUCUCACUCCUCCAGCGAUGGUAGUGAAAUGUCCCCAAGUGGUUAAAGAGGAGGAGGAGGAGGAAGAGGAGGAGGGAAAGAAAGAUGAAGGGUCCAGUCCUGAUCGAAACACCGCUGGACCCUCCGUCCCACAGCAAAGCUCCACUGGUUCCCCUCCCUCUGCUGACCAAUCCAAACCCCUCAGUCCUCCUGGCUCUCCUCCCUGCACCAGCUCGUCCAUUUCCAAGGCUCCACCUGAAACCAUCUGUGUCUCCUCUCCACCCCAUCCUGUGGCUCCUCCCUCGGACCCGGAGCCCAGCAUCGACUCCCAGAGCUUCUGGAAAAGCUGCAACGCUACAGGAUGCACUCAGGCCAUUUUCACAGAUUUCAUUAAUGAGAUGAAUGAUAUUGCUGGCAGAAUUCAGUCAGACCAGGCCAGUGAGGACGAUUGCAAUCAUGCGCUAAAAGUGAUGGCGGCUUCUGGGAAGCUGGAGGAGAUUGUGGCCAAGCAGCAGAAAGCGUUACAACGGAAACAGCAGGAGCUGAUGAAGGCAGCAGCAACCAUGCAACAGUUCAUGUCAGCACUGAGUAGAUGAGGCCGUCUGCUUAAACUUUGACUUCUUUUGCAUACAUUUUUUUGAACUUUGAUAUUUUUUUUAUUAACUGCAUUUUAUAUUGUUUUAUUGAUUUUCCUUUUAUAAAAAAUGUAUAUAUAUAAAAAAAGACAUAA